AUGACUAUCCGCGCCGACCCCAUCCCCAAGCAACAGCGUGCCGCGGUCCGCAAAGGAUCCGGUGCCUCCGCUACCACAAGCAUAGAGAUGAUCGAUGUUGAGACACCCGGGCCGGGACAGAUCCUGGUCAAGAUCACAUGGACUGGGCUCUGUGGGUCGGAUAAAUCGCUCUUGCGAGAUGAUUGGGAUGAUUUUGGGUUGGCGAUGACGCCUCAGGCGAAAGGAAUUGCCGGGCACGAGGGGGUUGGUGUUGUUGUUGCUGUCGGGGAGGGGAUGGAGAAGCGUUGGAAGAUUGGAGAGCGUGCUGGAGUCAAGUGGAUUGCGAGUACGUGUGGGGAUUGUGAGUUCUGCUUGACUGGUGUGGAUGAGGUGCAUUGCGUGAGCCAGCUCAAUAGUGGGUUCUCGGUUCCUGGUACCUUUCAGGAGUACUGUAUUGCAGAUGGACGGUAUGCGUCGAGGAUUCCGGUGGGCGUUACGGAUGAAGAGGCAGGCCCGAUGAUGUGUGGUGGCGUGACGGUUUAUGCUGCUUGUAAGAGGUCGAAUGUGAAGGCCGGUCAGUGGAUUGUCCUUCCCGGCGCUGGUGGUGGUCUCGGCCACCUGGCAAUCCAGUUCGCGCGGGCCAUGGGGAUGAGGGUUAUCGCCAUCGAUGGAGGAGCUGAGAAGCGGGAGCUGUGCCAUAAGCUUGGGGCGGAGGUGUUCAUAGAUUUUCGAGAAACAUCUGACGUGGCUGCCGAAAUCAUGAAGAUCACCACGCAUGGUGCUCAUGGUAUUAUCGUGACGGCAGCCACCAAGGCUGUAUAUUCCGCAGCGCCAACAUACCUCCGGCCAAAUGGCACAUUGGUGGCAAUUGGGCUGCCAAAGGAUGCUUCGAUCAUAGCUGGAGCACCACCGAUGCUGAUGGCGCUGAAGAGACUCAACGUUGUGGGAUCCAUCACCGGGAGUCUGAAGGAAGUGGAUGAGGCACUUGACUUCGCUGCAAGAGGCAUUGUACAUCCUGUUUUGACCAAAGGGAAAUUGGAUGACGUGGACUCGUGGAUUGAUAAGAUGCUCAAUGGCCAGGUGGCCGGUCGUGUAGUCCUUCAAGUUCCAGCCGGCAAUUCCUGA